AUGGCCACGGCUGAGUGGCCCCGGCCCGGGUGGGCCUCGUGUCACAGCCCCAGCACCAACAACUGCCAGGACCUGGGCAACUCCAUCCUGUCGCAGCUGGGCCUCAUCAUCUGCGUUAACAUUGGCAUCAAUAUGGUGACACUGCUCUGGCGCAGACUCCGUAGCUUCUUACACCAAGUGUUUCGAGUUAUUUGUGAGAAAGAGGCUUCUAAGUUAUGCUCACCUGGGAAGCAGACCCAGCCCCCGAAGCAGAGCGCCCCUGCAGUCGGCCUGCGGUGCACCAUGGACCCUGUGAAAAUGACCGUGUUCCCCCCACCCACUCGCCGCCAUCGCCGUCGAGACUCUUCAGCACGCCGCGCCCACCGCCCCGUAGCCUGGGCCCCUGACAACGACAGCGAUGACGAGAAGCCCCCACUUCAGCACACAACAAUCUGCCCCCACAACUGGAAUUGCCCCAAGGACUGGGAAGGCUUUCAGUCCAUCCAGGGGUUCUGGACUCCCUGGGCCCAGGAUGCCGUGGCCACUACCCAGACCAUCCGCUUCCAGCAAACUGCAGAGGGAAGGCCGCUCAAAAGAGAGGCAGUCAGAGCUGGGCCUAGAGGCCUAUGCGUACCCUGUGAACCCCCGCCCCACAGCCCUCAGGCCCUGAGCCACAAGAACGGUUGCGGGGUGCCCCAGGCAGAACAGGAGCAGUGCCCGCCAGCCCAGCCACCCAUCCUGGGCCCGGCCCACGUUGCAGACAUCCCCCGGCGCCACUCCUCAGGGCGCGUAGCCUAUAAUGCCAGAGACGUGAGGCGGCAGCUGCGGGAGCUGACCAGGGAGGUGGAGGCCCUGUCCCACUGUUACCCCCCGGUCUCUGGAUCCAGCACGGCUGAGGGGAUGGGAAAGGCCUGGGUAUACCAUUCCCUGACAAAGAGGUGA